AAUAGAAGACUGUGAAACUGACAAAAGCGCGGCGCCAUAUUGCGUGCUUGUGUUUGGUUACUGUUCUGGCGCGUGGUCAAGAAUUGUUAUAUUUAAUUAAUUACCAUGUCUGAUAAUCAGGAACAAAAACCCGAAGCCGGCCCAGGCGACGCGAAUUCUGAAUAUAUCAAGCUUAAAGUUGUUGGAAAUGACAGCAAUGAAAUUCACUUUAGGGUAAAGAUGACCACUCAAAUGGGUAAACUCAAGAAAUCAUAUAGCGAUCGUGUGGGUGUUCCUAUGACAUCACUCAGGUUUCUAUUUGAUGGUAAAAGAAUUAAUGAUGAUGAAACACCAAAGCAGUUGGAAAUGGAAAAUGAUGAUGUUAUUGAAGUAUAUCAAGAACAGACAGGUGGUCACUAUUGAAGAAAUCUACUAAGUUUCAAUCUCUUUUAAAGUGAAAGUGACUAUCGUAAAGAAAUGGACAAGUUUAUCAGUAUAUAUAUAUGUAUGUUAAAAAAACAUUAUGUAAUUUGGUUUUUUACGUAACAUUUUGAUGUGCUGUUCUACAUUCCUGUAACGUGGCAAAGACCAUCAACAGUCAGUUUCAUACAAUGUAUAUGUUUAUCCAACAAAAACAAAACAAAAAAAAAAAGAUACAGAACUAAAAAAAGAAUCAUGCCUUAAA